UUUAAUAAAGACGGGCACACUUAUUUUCAGAACAUUUUAAUACUGGCAUGUAAAUAAAAUAAUCAAUUGAUGAAACCCUUAAAUAAAAUGUGAUUUAUUGGACAUGCAAUUGUAACCAUUGGACAUAAUCUAUCAUAGCAAGUAUCGACUUCUUGUUCCUGCUUAUGUGAGUUUAAGUUGUCAAGUGAAAAUGCUAUAACUGGUGUAUUUCUGAAGUGGCGAACAAAGAUUUUCCAACAAGACGAAAGUCACCCCGAUUUGCUACAAUUUGUUUUAUUGUUUCGUUGGAACGCCAACGUCCCAUUUACAUUUUAACAUACGCACAUAUAUGCCUAUGGGUACAUACAUAUGUGGGUCAAUGUAGACAAUACUCAUAAAACCUACAUAAUAUAACAGCACUUUGCGUUGUUUAUUUGGGCAUGUCGUUCUAGGUCACUUUUCACCAGUGAUGCAAAUAUAAUCAUAAAUGCGUGUUUAAAGUUUAAAGUUUGCCAACGUUCGUUAUUGACAUAUUUAAGCUGGCCAACUGGAAUCAGUAUGCCUUUCCAUAAAAAAUUAUAAACAAUUGGAUUUCGAAGACUGAACGCCAAAAGCAUAGAUAUAUCUAUCGCAUGCUAUCAUGUUCACGAGAAGACACCGCUCUGUUGAGGGUUCAGGUUCAGGCAGAUCGAAGUCCGAAAAGCUGAAUUUGUAGGAUGCUGAAAGAAAAAAUGCACAAAUAAGAACCCGCUUGUUAAUAACCCUCUGCCAUUAAGCAUAUAGAAGGGCAGCCAACGUUUAAGCAUGAAAGUACAACAUAUAAUCCAGUGUGCAUGCCCUGCAUAAGAACCCUUACAAAAGGUACCGCGCUCGCAUCCAGUUUAGUAUUGGGUUUCGGCCAGAGCCCAAGUCCAAGCCUAAGCCCAAGCCCCAGCCCAAGCCAAAGCCAAAGCACUCGAGAUGGGAGCCAACACUUCGAGCAGCAGCAGCAGCAGCUAUCCGACGGUGGCCUCAGCGGGAAGUGCCGGGAACAGUAACUCCAGCAGCUCCAAUGGCAACCUAUCGGCCGGCCUGCCCAUGGGCAUGGCGGAAAUGUCCUCAUCAGGUGCCUAUGGCCUGGGCGGCAGCGGCAGUGGCAGUGGCAGUGGCUGUGGCCCCAGUGGCGGCGGGAAUGCGGCCGGAGCUCCGGGGAUCGUGAUCAGCGGAGGAGCACAUUACCACCGCGACCAGCGGCGGAAGCGGGCCACUGGCUUCGCGACCCUCAAGCGCAAGUUCAUACGGCGACGGCGCUCCUCGAAGGCAUGUGACCAUGCCCGCGUCCUGCGUGACUUUGUGUCCGAUUGGGCACCCGUAGAGUUGGCCGCCCUUUGCGAGGAGUUCGAGGCACUGUCGGCCCUGAGGGAUUUGUCGGUGCAAGCUGAACUGGCCCGUCCGCCGGCAGCGACGUUCAAGCAGGAUCUGGCUGCCAUCUAUGAGAAGAACUUGUGCACCGAUUGUGAUCUUGUCUUUCGCGGAACGAUAUUCUCGGUCCACCGUUCGAUAUUGUCGGCCCGUUGUGUAUAUUUUCGGGACCUGCUGGCCGGAUGUCCUGGUUUCGGGGCGCGCAUAUGUCUUGAGUUGCCCACAUCGCCCAUUGAUGUGCAGCUCUUCUCGUCACUAUUACGCUACCUAUACACCGGUGAUCUGUGUCCCCACGAUCCCAACAUUGACAUUAGUCUGUUGCGGCAGCUGGGCAAGGAUUUUGGCACUCCCAAUCCGCUGGAGCAUGAUCUGCGCUAUCUGCUGGAGACCGGCGAUUAUGCAGACGCAGCCCUUGUCUUCACCGCAGACGGAACCAACGACUAUCUCAGACAGGACUCGGGCACCUCGGAGUACGGUUUCCGGCCGAAGAUUGAGCUUCCUUGCCAUAAAGCGAUAUUGAGUGCGCGGUCACCGUUUUUCCGGAAUCUAAUCGCGCGUCGUACACGCAACAUUGACGAGUACGUCGAGCGUUCACUGCACGUGCCCACGCGCAUUGUGCUGGACGAGACGGUUAUACCAAAAAGAUAUGCGCGGGUGUUGCUGCAGGCCAUCUAUCUGGACUCGGUGGACUUGUCGUUGAUUUUGCGCGGCGUGGGAUCGGGCACAUCGGCCGGCUCGCUUGGCGAAGUCCAUGCCCUGACCAACACGGGGCGAGUGCGGCCGACGACCCUCGAGGAGGCCAUGGAGCUGUACCAGAUCGGUCGAUUUCUGGAGCUGGACAUAUUGGCCCAGGGCUGUGAGGACUUGAUACUCGAAUGGCUGUCCAUCGAGACGUUGCCCACAGUGCUGAAGUGGGGCUGCCAGCCGCACGGGUCCGCCUGGGUCUUUCGCCAGGCCUGUCAGUAUUUGAGGGAGGAGUUUGCCGCCGUCAGCUCCUCGCCGGUGUUGCACCAACUGGACAAAUCUCAGCUGAUACACAUUCUGCACAGCAACUUCUUGCAGGCCUCCGAGCUGGAGGUGCUGCAGGCUGUCCUCAAGUGGGGCGAGCAGGAGCUCAUUCGGCGCAUGGAGGACAGGGAGCCCAACCUGUUGUCCCACACGGCCCACUCGGUGGCACGCAAGGGCGUGAAGAAGCGAGACCUGAGUGACAUUGAGUUGCGCGAGAUACUCUCGGAACUGCUGCCCCUGGUGCGAAUGGACCACGUCCUGCCGCCGCACUGCGAGGUGCUCUGCCAGGCGAUCCGACGCGGUCUCGUGAGCACUCCCCCCUCGCACAUGAUCGGCGACGAGCGGGAGAAUCUGCGGAUCAACGCCUGGAUCCGGGGGGGAAAGAACCAGGGUCUGUACGUGCGACCGCGUCUGUUCAUGCCCUACUUCGAGGAGGUUAAGGCGCUGCUGGAGGAUCGCAUGUCGUCGUCGCACCAUCAGGUGGAACUGAUGCGAAUGCGCCGGUGUCGACAUCCUCCCGACAUCCCGGACACGCUGUACAUGGUCUCGCACAUGAACUCAAAGGCGAAUAGUGAUCUUAGCACCGUAGAGAGCCGUAGCACUGAUGGCAAUGUUGAUAUAUUAGUAGGCGCCGCCGUGAUUCCACCACCGGACAACCAAACACUGUUGGCCAUGCGCAAACGGGAGCACAAGCUGCGCCAGUCGCCCAUGUGCCAGCGGGCCCUGCUGCUGCCGCUCUCAUCGAAGAGCGAAAUCGACCGCCAAAUCCGGCUGCGGGUGGUCAGGGAGUUCAAUCUGCCCGACGAGGUGUCCGACCUGCUGGAGAUCGCCCUGCAGACCAACCAUCAGGGCCGGAACGAGAGCCAUGCCGAGGAGACGGGCGGCGCGUCGACCUCGCAAAAGGAUGACUCCCUGCUCGAGGACGAUGAUCAAAGUCCGCCGCCCUCGCCGGCGGCCACUUGCUCCGUUCCGCGACACACCGCCGUGGCGUCCGCGUUCCUGUCGCCCCUUGGCGCCGGCGGCGGCGGCUCAUCGGCGGCCACGUCGUGCGGCACCGACGCAACACAUCCCUGCUACAGUCGAAAUCUCACCUUCCCACGCCACCACUCGAACGGCCUGAUCGGUGUGGCCAGUGCGUUUGGAUCCAGCUCGGGAUCGGGUUCGGUCUCCGGAUCGGGUUCGGGAUCGGGGCCAACGCUGCAGUGCAGCUACUCGCGUCUCACGUCGGCGGCACAUCAGCGCAACGAUCUACCAGCCCUGAUCACCGAGGGCGACUUCCGGUUCCCCCACGGCAACGGGCUGGUGGGUCUGGACAUGGGCGCCGAGGGCGGCGCCUGUGGCCUGGAUGCGGCCAACAGCCAUCUGUCCGAAAUGAUGCCGGACGUGGCGAUGGCCACGGCCUCGCUGGGUCAGCUCCACCUGAGCAACAACGGGGCCGGCGGGUGCGCCAGCAACAUGGGCGGACGCGCUGUCAGCAGCAACAACGACAUGUCCGAGAGCUUGCAAUUAGAUCUAGGCGAUGGCCCCAGCCCUCACAUAAUUGGAAGUGCUGUCGGCUCAAUGACUCUGCGGAAUAUACAGCACCAACUGCCAACAAACAACUAUCACCACUUCAUGCAGCGCUCGAACUCGCCAUUUGAACUGCUGCGGCAGGGACAGCCAUCGCCAACAUCACAUCCACAACAUUCCGGGACAUACAAUUCUGGACCACCAAGGUUUUUAUAGAGAUUUCGAGUGGCCCCCGAUCACGGGCAUUAUUUUAGCAUGCCUUUCUGAAUAAAAAUCCGAUACAAUUAAAACUAAAAAUCUAGAUAAAUAAAACAAACUACUAAAUAAA